AUGCUUGAUUUUAAUCAAUUGAUAGCUAAUGCUCAAAGUUCUGAUAACCUCACAAGAGAAAACGCAGAAAAUACCCUAUUUACACAGUGCUCUGUAAACCCAAGUGUGAUUUUUCAACAGUUAUUACAACUAGGCUCAGAUUCAACACAGUCCUUAUCUACAAGACAGUUUUGUCUUUUAUCCACAAGAAAAUUGGUCACUAUGUAUUGGAGCACCGAUUUUGAAUCAUUUAAAGGUCCCCAAAUAGUAGAUGAUGCUGUGAAAAUAUAUAUUAGAUCAGUACUAUUGCAAUUGUGCUUAGAUGAUUCUCAAGAUUCUAAAAUUAAAAAUAGUGCCUCAUACUGUAUUGUUCAAAUUUCAGCGGUAGAUUUUCCAGAUCAAUGGCCUGAUCUACUCUCUGUUAUUUAUGGCGCAAUUAUUAAUAAUGGAUCAAUUAGCGGCUUAGAGUUACUGAAUGAAAUAUUUGAUGAUGUGGUAAACGAUUCGAUGUUUUAUGAAGAAAAUAUCGGCUUUCAAACAAUCAAGAUUAUCAUUCAGGUUUUGAACGACUCAAAUUUACCUUUAAAGGCUAAAAGUGCUGCUUUAAAAUUGUAUCAUUCCUGUGCUUUACAAUUUGAAGAACCCAAGGCCGACAAUUAUACAGAUGCAAUCAAUCAACAUUUAAAGGAAAUUGUAAUUUUAUUUUGUCAGUUGUUGACUUUCGAUCAAAAUUUUACUAAUCCUACCUCAGAAUAUUUUGCUUUCAAAUCUAACCUUUCCAUUGAUUUGUUAUUUAUUAAAACAACUUUUGGGAUCAAAGUUUUUUCUAGUGAUUGUAAAAAAAAACUCAUACUUCAAAUGGAGAAAGAUUUAAAUGAAUUUGCCAAUGUAUAUAACACACAGAAGGACCUUUCUUCGGAAUUUGUUGAAUGUUGCAUUAAUUUGAUAUCCCUUGCGUCUAGUUUGCAAAAUGGGUUUACCAACAUUGAACAGAUUAACUCUAUUAUAGACACUUUUAUUUCUUUAGCUCAAAUAACCCAAGAACAGGAGGAUGUUUGGACUGCUGACUUGAAUGAAUUUGUUUCUGUGGAAACAGAAUUAUCAGCAUCCUUCACUAUAAGAGAUGAAAUUUGUGAUUUUUUGAAUAAUGUCGUUCCCAAAGCGUUCCAUUUGUAUUUUGAAUCCAUCAUUUCAAAGAUUGAAUCACAAGCUUUAAAUAAUGACUGGAAACUUUUUGAAUCGUUAUUGUUUUUAUUGGAAUCUAUUGUUUUAAACUUAGACGAGGAUACUGCAGAGAGCAAUCCACGUAUCCCCGUUGAUAGGCUAUUAAAUCUUUUAAACUUUUUUUCUCAACUUUUAGAAUCCAAGAAUUUGAAUAACUUUGUUCAAUUAAGACUGUGGUUGUUGAUACCCAGAUUUAUAGAAAGGUUUAUGGAUUCACUACCAAAUGUCAAAGACAUCGUAAAAAAAUUUAUUUUUGCCUCUUUGAAAAGUGCCAAUGACAGUGAUUCAGCUAUUGUCCAAGUUUCUAGUUUAAUUUCUUUUACGUAUUACGAGUCUUUUGUGGAACUCCCCUCGGUUUUGGGCCCUAACCUAUCAUUUUUUAUGGAACAAGAUAUUUUAAAAAUUAUAAACAACCUCAGUGAAGAUGCAGAAGAAGACACACCUGGUAUGUUACUAGAAUCUUUAAAUUCUGCAUCCAAAUUAACAUCGUGCAAUGAACAAACUAAAAGCGUCAAGUACAAUGAAUUGCAACUUAUUUUAAAGGUUUCGUCCAAGUCCCCAGAUAAUAUACAAGUGGUUAUGGAAUCACAAGAAUGCUUAGAAACUUUGUUACAAGAUGUCGAUGUUAGUACCUAUUUACAAUUUUCUGAGGUUUGCAUGCCAAUAUUUGUCAAAGUCAUGAAUGGUGCGACCGAAAAUUAUUCUUCCAUACUAACUCUAGUUUUAGAGUUGUUAACUUCUUUUAUGAAGAAAAAACCUAGCGAUGGCAACUUACCUACUGUUAUAAUUGAAUUUGUUUUUAGUCCAUUGGCCAAUGUCUUAAUGAUAUCUCAAGACGACGGUAUUUUGCAAAUGGGUAGCGAGGCUUUAUCCUUUUGUAUAAGUAACUCUGAUGUAGCAAGUCUACAAAAGUACUUGGGAACUAUUUUGCAAAUUUUAGAACGAUUAUUUUCAUGUUCUGAUUCUGGUGCAAUGAAUAUUGGUAUCUUGGUUAUUUCCGUUUUAAAAAAGUUUACUUCUCAAUUGGAACAGGGAAUAAUUCCAUCUAUUUUAAAAGCUGCUGCUAAAAAACUUGUUGAAGUGCAAAAUAUUUCCACCACUGAAAAUUUAAUAUUUGUUUUUUGUUACUUAACUUGCACAAACCCAUCGCAGACUGUUGAUUUUUUGGCUUCUUUUAAUUUGGAUAACGAUGAAAACGCCUUAAAAUUGGUCAUUCAAAAAUGGUUGGAGGCUUUUGAAAUUAUAAGAGGAGAAAGGAAAAUUAAGGAAAAUAUUAUCUCAUUAUCAAAGCUUUUUUUCUUACAAGAUCCAAGAAUCAAUGACAUUGUGGUAAAUGGGGAUAUUAUACCUUAUGAAGGUAACCUAAUUAUUACUAGAUCAAUGUCCAGGAAAAUGCCUAUUAAAUUUACUCAAAUAUCCGUACCGGUCAAAAUUGUUAAGUUGUUUGUCACUGAAUUGGGUUUACAAACUGCAAUGAGCAAAAAAGUUGAGAACGAGUGUAUUGAAGAGGCCUUACAUAAUCAUCAAGAUCAGUCAAAUUGUGAAGGUGUAGAAGAAAACGAUGAUUGGGAGGAUGUUGAUGAUGUUUUGGAUUAUAAAAGAUUGCAGGAAUUUAUAAAUGAGGAUGCAUAUGAGGAAGAUAAUUAUGAGGAAACUGAUGGCUGCGCUGAAGACAUAAAUGAUUUUGGUGACGAAAACAUUAACAAACAACUUAAUAGUAAUAGUAUUAAAGAUUUAUUAAUUCAAUUUUUUACAGAGGCAGCAUCUCACAAUACAAAUUCUUUUUCUAUAAUUUACCAAAGUUUAGAUGAAAAAGACAAAAAAUUAUUAACAAAAACCUUAGUUUGA